AUGUACAAAAUGGAUUACUCUUACCUCAACUCCUACGACUCCUGCAUGGCCGCCAUGGAAGCCUCUGCCUACGCCGACUUCAGCUCCUGCAGCCAGGCAAACACUUUCCAGUACAACCCCAUCAGGACCAGUUUUGGGACCAACCCUGGCUGCCCGCCGCUCAGCACAGCCAACUGCACCUUGGGGGCCCUGAGAGACCACCAGCCUUCGCCUUACUCCACAGUUCCCUACAAGUUCUUCUCGGACCCCUCGGGCAUCAACGAGAAGAGAAAGCAGCGAAGGAUCAGGACCACGUUCACCAGCUCCCAGCUGAAGGAGCUGGAGAGGGUCUUUGCGGAGACCCACUAUCCAGACAUCUACACCCGGGAGGAGCUGGCGCUGAAGAUCGACCUCACUGAAGCCAGGGUGCAGGUUUGGUUCCAGAACCGACGCGCCAAGUUCCGCAAGCAAGAACGGGCGGCAAAUGCCAAGGGGGUGAAUGGCGGCUCCUCAGCCAACAAGAAAUCUGACCCGCGCUCCUCUUCGGAAGACGACGAGUCCAAGGAGUCCAACUGCAGCCCCACCCCGGACAGCACCGCUUCGCUGCCCACCACGGGUAGCCUCAACAGCCCCGGGAGCAGCCUGAGCCCCAGCCCCGGCACGGGUCAGGGCCUCGGACCCAGCCACACCGCCCAGUCCUUAAAGGCGCCCAUCUGGCCAGGGGUCAGCACCAGCAACGGUGCCACCAACACAGCGGAGCUCCUGAAGGCGUGGCAGCCGGCCGAGGCCAUGCCAGGACCUUUCUCCGGCGUCCUCUCCUCCUUCCACAGGAAGCCCAACGCCCUCAAGACAAACCUGUUCUAA